UCAGAGUAUUGCUCUUCUCCUCGCAGUGAGUUUUAUUCGUUCGAAUUCUAAACUUUAAAGUAUUUCUAACUGGUGGAGUUUUGUCAACUGGGAGUGAGAUCCAAAAAUCGGCAUUUUGCUUUCUGUCAAAAUAAUGCAGUGAAUCACCAGUUAUCGUUCCUGCUGGUGUUUGGGAUCUGUUGAUUUUUCGAUCACAGGCCAUUGACGUUGGCGCCAAAAGUUUUUUGUUAAGAGUAUUGGACUCUACCAUUUCCAGCUGAUGGGACUGCCAUCGUUAAAGAAAUACUCGGACUGCGCCUGGUGAAAUUCUAGGCAUCGAUCGGCAUCCAUGACGAUGGAUCCACGUAGGCCGUUGCUGUUUUUCGCCCUGAAUGUUCUACUCCAAGUAGCUGAUGUCAUCGCCGAUGACGAAUCAAUCCAAAUGGAGAAGGUGACAGUCCUAAGUGGGAAAACCGCCGCACUGCCGUGUGACAUUACACCACCGACGCUCGACUCGCUCUAUCUCGUUCUCUGGUAUAAGAACGACUCGGACUUUCCCAUUUACAAGUACGACGCUCGACGUUCCAGAGAAAAUUAUCGCCAGCAGCAGACUCAACAUGACAGUCAGAUGUUUUUGUUACAGCAACAACAACAAUACGGCCAAGCACCGUCCAAAAGCAGAAUCCAGUUCCAGUUCGAUAGUCACCCGGCUCUUUUGUUAUUGAAUAAUGUGGUCGAUCCAGAUGAGGGCGUCUACCGUUGCAGAGUCGAUUUUGGGCGAUCACCGACGCGCAACGUUCUCGUACAGCUCACCGUUGUUGUUCCACCGGAAAAGAUCCGCAUCAUCGAAGACAAUCGACAAGUCUCGUCAGUCAUAGGUCCUUACGAUGAAGGCGAUCAACUCUCAUUGAACUGCAUCGUCACUGGAGGUCGCCCACGUCCAGAAGUGACUUGGUGGAUUGGCGAGAAAUUGGUGGAUUACACUUACAUUGCCACGUCGGAAACUGUGGUUCAAAAUAUCUUGGUGAUUCCGAAAUUAGAACGACGUCACUUGCACGCCACUCUCCGAUGUCAAGCGUCCAAUUACUUUGGUGUCCGCAAUGAUACACCAUCUUAUCCUGUGCAGCCUUAUUGGUAUCAGAAUCAACAUUCAUCAUUCCAUCAUCGGGAGCACCAACACGCGAUCGCUUCCAGCGUUCAGCUCGACCUAAAUCUGCGGCCGUUGUGGGUGGUGAUCACCGGUGCGGAAAGGCCGCUCUCUGCUGGCAAGUUGUACACGUUCGAGUGUGUCACUGGAGGGUCUCGUCCUUCCGUCAACCUUCACUGGUACCUUCAUUCCGUUCAGCAGCCAGCGCAAGAACGGAUGACGAGCGAUGGAAGCAACAUAACGAGUAUCUUAAAGCUUAUUCCAUCGGCCAAGGAUCACGACGCCGAAUUGAUUUGUUCAGCUGUCAAUCCGCUUUUAGUUGUCAAUGGCAGUGUCGACACUAAUGAGUCUACGUCGUCCGUCAAGACCCGUCGAAAACUCAUCGUCCACUUUGCACCGACAGCACAACUAGAACUGGGCCGCAGUCUGAAUCCGGAUUCAAUUGCCGAAGGCAAUGACGUUUAUUUCGAAUGUCGCGUUCGCUCCUACCCACCUCCGUAUCGCUUCACGUGGACUCACGAGGGGCAAAACAUAAAAGAAAAUGCAUCGGCUGGGGUCAUCAUGGUAGAACAAAGUCUUGUUAUUCGUCGAGUUUCGCGGUCCCAUUCCGGACGUUAUUCUUGCAGUGCUGUUAACUCAGAGGGCAGUGGAAUCAGCAAUGCAGUACAACUCCGUGUCAUGUUUCAGCCGGUCUGCCGCCCAGGUCAAAAACUUCUGUACGGAGUUGCUAAACAAGACACGAUUACCGUGAAGUGCCAGACGGAUGCCAUUCCACCCGCACACUCGCACAGAUGGGCGUUCAACACUUCGAUUUUAGAUGUGACAGAAUUGCUGGAAAAUCAAAUAUUACAAAACAACGGUCUUGCUGAGGGGGGUGUGGAGGCGAAUGGAACCAGCGUUCUUUCCUACUCACCACAAUCCGAUCGCGAUUACGGUAGUCUACUCUGCUGGGGACGUAACGCAGUUGGUGAACAGCGAGAGCCUUGCGUCUAUCGCAUCUUCCUUGGAGUGCGUCCGGAUCCGCCAAACAAUUGCUCGGUAUUGAAUCAAACGGCCGAUGCAGUCGAAGUGUGGUGCCGGCCGGGAUUUGAUGGCGGCCAUCCGCAACUGUUCCAAUUUGAAAUCUUUGAUACGCAAUCGGCUGUUCUCCUUUACAAUAAAUCCGGAAGGUAUCCACACUUGCGCGUUGGCAACUUGGAAUCUGGUGUGAAGCUGUUCAUCCAAAUCUCGUCCUAUAAUCAACGUGGAAGAUCCCCGUUUGUACCGCUGGAGGCCUACACAAUCAAAAUCGCUGAUAAACAAACAGUGAUCAUGGAAACCGAAGGUUGGGCUUCAAUGCUAGGCAUGGCCAGUGGGAUCCCUGUUUCAAUCGUGUUCGCAUAUAUCGUCAUCGCGUUAGUGUCCCGAUUCCGCCGUCGGAACAAUUCUCGUUCUACUCAAAAUGAGCAUGCUCCCCGUAAAACUCAUGAGACGAAAGCCGAUACUAUAGUGACUGCCAAUGAUGGCCAACAUCACCAGAGCACCGAAGAUCCGGAUAUCAUUAUCAACAAGAAUGCAGAUCACGAGCAGCACCUAAUGCAACAGCAUCAUUGUGCAUCUGAACCUACCGCCUAUUGUGAAAAGGAAGUGGAAGAUCAGGCCCAACACGACUGUGAACUUAUUCAGUCAAAUCGUUUAAAUCGCACAGAUUUGGACAAACCUGUUGCUGUUGUCACGAGCAACCAGUAUUACCGCUCUCUCAAUAGACUGUCACGUGCCGAUCAACCUUGGAUGGCUACUGAUAUGGACACUAUUGUUGUCGCCCAACCACCUCAUCGACAAUUACAAAUGCCAGUUCAUUUGUUAUAAGUAACAGCCAUGCGUCAGACCCGCACCUUGCGUUCUAGCGGUUCCAGUCAGUUGAAGAUGUACCGAAGACAUCAAGUGAGUAUUGUACACUUCAAUCUUCCGCUGGCGGAAUAACUGCCGUGGCUGAAAGAAAGUUGAAGAUAUCUCAUCGUCGAUGGGCAACUCUUUUUGCGGUUACUGGACACGCCCUAACGGCGAGUGCAUGAUUUGAAGGCCAUCAUAUUCUGAAUCCUUGUCGUGGAAGCAAUAGCCAUGAGAUACUUUUCGGAUUCUGGAACGUGUCAGAAAACGGACUUGUGAUACACUUACAGCCAUCAAUAUGCCAUAACCACAAAAACGCACAUGUUUCACGAUGAAGAUGCGUCCAUUUCAUCAUUAAGUAUUAAAAUGUUAACAGGUUGUUUAACACGGGCCUUUUUUUUUCAAAUAAGUCACCAGUUUUCCGUGUUUAACAUUUAUCAUUAUAAGUUAUCAUAACAAAAGUUAUUCAUGGUAAUUGCUUUAACAUGUUCCAUUUUUGGCAAAAAAGGAAGCUUUAGAAAUCUAAUAUUUCCCGAACUGAGCAAACAAAUGUGCAUUAAUUCUUCGUACGUUCUGUCGAUUAUUAUUGGCUCGAGUACAACAAAUGGUAUUUUCUUUUUAAUGCAAAGAACAAAUAUGUUGUUUUGGUUAAAACGUACGAAGAGACUUACCAAAAUUUCUCUUUUGGCUUCAAGAUUCUUGAAUAAAGUACCACUACUUCUAAA